CCUAUUAACAACUUUCUGCUGAUGGAGAUGCAGUGAGUACAGGGCUUUCUCACUCUGUCAUCAUCUCUCCUGAGAAGUCUGCUUUUUUUAUUUUCUAAACCGUAAAAAGAAGUGGUGGGAGAGCUGAAUUCGGAGGCCACGUUAUGUCUGCAGAGAAGAAACCAAAAAAGAAGAAAGAAGAGGCCAAUGGCACAACGGAAGGCAAGCUGAAAGGAAUUGAGACCAAGCCCAAAAAAGCAAAGACCAAGAAGAAUGAAGAUGUAGCCAAAGAGGACAGUUCUGCUACUCAGAAUGGAAAGAAAGUGAAGAAAAAGAAGGUGGAAAAAGACAAAGAGGAGCCGGAAAAAGAGAAAGAGACUAAAAAGAAAGCCAAAAGUGCUCCAAAGAAGAAAAAAGAUUCGGACUCAGACAACGACGAUGAAGAAGACGAUGAAGACACGCCCAAAAAGAAAACUAAGAAAAAAGCAUCUAAGGAUGGUUCUCCAUCUGCAAGUUCUACCCAGCAGAAGAAAUCUAAAUCUAAAGAGGACAAAGAUUCUGAUGGAAAAGAAAAGAAGUCCAAGUCAAAGGAAAAAGACAAGAAGAAAGAGCCAGCUUCAAUGUUCCAGAUAAAUGAAGACAAGCAUUCUAAAGGCAAAAAGAAAGCUCCCAAAUCAGAAAGCGAUGACAGUGAAGAGGAAACAAAGUCAGCCAAAUCAAAGAAGAAAUCCAACUCAAGCUCUGCAACCAUGUUUCAAACAUCAGACGAUAAGAACAAAGACAAGAAGACAAAGAAGAAAGCAAAGGCAGAAGAAAGUGAAGAUUCUGAGUCAGAAAAAGAAGAAAAAACUAAGAAGAAGAAGGGCAAAGGGAAGAAGAAAAAAGACCGGUCUCCCUCACCUGAAAUUGAGUUUGACAAUUUGGAGAAGUUUGUGAUGGAGCCAGCGCCUCAGGGUGUGACUGUCAAAUGCAGAGUGACUCGAGACCAGAGAGGGAUGGAUAAGAGCCUCUACCCUCUGUAUUACCUUCAUCUAGACAAUGAAAAAAAGACAUUUCUAUUGGCUGGACGGAAGAGAAAGAAAAGUACAACUUCAAAUUACCUCAUCUCCAUUGAUGCUACAGACUUAUCAAGAGGGGGGGAGAAUUUUGUUGGAAAACUGAGGUCAAAUUUAAUGGGGACUAAGUUCACUGUAUUUGACAAUGCUCUGAAUCCAGAAAAAGCUCUUCCAGAUAUGUCUAAUGCUCGGCAAGAGUUAGCAGGCAUCAUCUAUGAAACCAAUGUCUUAGGAAUAAAAGGGCCCAGAAGGAUGACUGUCAUCAUUCCAGGAAUGAACAAAGACAAUGAGCGAGUACCACUCCGACCAAGAAAUGAAUGUGACGGUUUGCUGAUAAGAUUCCAGAAUAGAAGGAUGGAAAAUCUGAUCGAGCUUCACAACAAGACACCUGUGUGGAACGAAGAGACAGCAUCUCAUGUGCUCAACUUCAAUGGCAGGGUCACCCAGGCCUCCAUCAAGAACUUCCAGAUAGUCCAUAACAAAGACUUGGACUACAUUGUGAUGCAGUUUGGACGAAUAGCUGAUGACAUUUUCACACUGGACUACAACUACCCGCUGUGUGCUGUGCAGGCCUUUUCCAUUGCAUUGUCAAGCUUUGAUGGCAAAAUCGCUUGUGAAUAACACAAAAACCCUCCAGUUGUGUACUCACACACACACCAGCAUUUGGCAAACCCAAUCUCACAUAAGAUCAACCCAGUGUCUCUGGACUCGCCUACACUUCCUGUGAUAGGUGUCGAUAACAGCAUUGGUUUCUUAAAUGUGACGGUACUUGCUGCUGCGCUUCUGUGCUUCAUGUGAGUGCCCCCAAGUGUAGGAAACAAAAUCGUUGACAUGUUAUCAUCUGAUCUUGCAUGACACGGUGCGGAAGAAUCCUGUUUUUCAUUCUCAGAAAUUCACUGAAAUCAUCGAAACUUCUGGGAACCACAGAAAGACACACCGCUGGGAUUGGACUCCGGUGACUGCAGAGUUAUGUUUCAGGGAGAUGAUCGUACAUCUCAUUUAUGAAGGUCUUUAAAGAUAAUUAACAUCAUUAAAAGAUGUUAAACUCUGACUUGUUUUGCUUUGUUGUAUUGUACUGCUGUAUAGCGCCAAACCUACUAGGUUAUCACUGUCUUGUGUCAAAUGUGGCUUAUAAUGAAAAUAUUUAUUUUCUGUACUGCAAAAUCAAAAUUAAACUUUGUGACAUAAAUGAUCUGUGCAAAAGAUGCACUUUUAUUUCCAGCUUUUAUUUGACUUUCUGUAUUUAGUGUCUGUGAAACGAUUUUAUGUAUCUGGUGCAUAGCUGGUGCAUAGCUGUGAUAAUUUAGUCGUUUUCUAGGUAUGUAAGUUAUGGGUCUUCAAAUAUUUGUUUGCAGUAGGCUUUUGUAUGUUGUGGAUUUUUUUUUUUAAUUCUUUAUGUUCCUGAACAUUGCCUUUGUUGCAGGCUUAUUGUAACAAUUCAUAUGAAUUCAAUUGAACUAAAUUGUCUUGAAGUCAACUUGUAUAAAUACAUGUUUUUUGUUUUUUUUUUUCCAGUC